GUUCCAAGAAUGAGCCUGGUAGGGAAGACGCCACCUUGCAACACAACGGUCGCACUUGAUAUUUCCUCUCCAGCCGCAGAAGCCCUGAGCCUAUGGCCACAGUUUCACAAUGGGGUUGCUGCUGGGUUGCGGCUACGGCCAUGGAGAUUGGACACAUCCGUUGCAUCUAAAUGCCGGCAAUCUGCAUGUGUGACACGGACGUGGAUCGUCUACAACAGACCUUCAACACCCACAUCUCAACAUGGCGGGCUGCUUCUUGCUCUAGGUUUACAACGGCACCUUAGUGUGCUAGCCAUGACUGACAUAUAUGAAUAUCUCACCCUAGGCCACGAUCCAACAACGGUCGGUAUUCUGCUUGGCAUGGCUGUGGCAAAACACGGAACUGCGGACGCAGCAGUGUCGAAGAUGCUAUGCCUCCAUAUCCCCGCUCUUCUUCCACAGCCAUUUGCCGAGAUGGAAGUCUCAGCAGCUGCUCAAACGGCUGCCAUGACGGGCAUUGGCUUGCUCUACUCUGGCACAGCGCAUCGUCUUAUGGCAGAGUUUCUCCUUAGUGAAAUCUCACGCCGUACUCAUGGAGAUCGAACGCGCGAUCGUGAGGCAUAUUCUCUCGCUGCCGGUCUGGCUCUUGGUAUGAUAACUCUAGGACAUGGCACGAGCCUUGAAGCUGCUGGUCUAGCAGAUCUGCGGAUUGCUCAGCGCUUACACCGUGCUCUUACUGGUGGUUGCGAACGUAGAAAGGUGGGGCAGCUUUCGGCAAUCUUGAGCUGCGCUGGUGACGCACGCAAUCGAUACGCAAGCGACCAGCUACGGUGCUCCCGUGUUCGCGAGGGUGAGUACAUCAACACUGAUGUGACGGCACCGGGAGCGAUCCUCGCCCUCGGCCUACACUUCCUUCAAACAAACUCUGCUGCAGCGGCAGCGAGGUUGUACCUUCCUGAUACUCAUGUGCUCCUCGACAACGUGCGCCCAGAUCUUCUGCUUUUACGCGUUGUUGCACGCGGUCUAAUAUUGUGGGACUCUUUGAGACCAAGCAUUGCCUGGGUCGAAGCACAACUUCCAAGAGUUGUGCUAGGCUCUAUGCGUGCACUCAAAUUAUCUGCGCACAUGAAGAUUCUGAAGUCUUCAUGCUAUGGUAAAUUUUGUUCGACUCAUAUUGCCUCAAUACCAAAUGGUGUCGAUUGGGACACGAUUCGUCAGGCACAUGCCAAUAUUGUCACUGGCGGUUGCUUUGUACUUGGCCUGCGAUACGCAGGAACAGGCUGCACCGUGGCGGCUGCAACUUUGCGACAUUUUUUGGUGCACUUUAAGAUGCUGCGUGACACUAAUGAAAACCAAACAAGUUUGAACACCAAAACUGACAUGAUUUCAUGUUUACAUACUCUCCUUUGGCGGCCCGACAGACCGACGUUAGAGAUGUGCCUUGGUGCGACGGCGAUUGCGCUGGGAAUGGUAAUGGCGGGUACGGGUGAUCUUGCAUCUCUUCGACUCCUCCGGGAGCUCCGCUGGCGAGUUGAUGACGGGAUCACCUAUGGUACUCAUAUGGCUCUCCAUAUGUCGAUCGGGCUUCUUUUCCUUGGUGGAGGCCGGGCCUCGCUUUUUCGCUCUAAAGAGUCAAUCGCAGCUCUCCUAACAGCGUUCUACCCUCGAUUUCCCCGAAGUCCAGAAGAUAAUCAGUAUCAUUUGCAGCCUCUUCGACACCUCUGGGUCCUGGCCGUGGAUUGGCGAGGCAUUAAAGCUGUUGAUGUGGAGACAGGAAAGGAUGCUCCAGUGCCACUUCAAGUAGAGCUGCGGAGCCUAGCAGACUACGUUACAAUAAGGGUUGCUGAUGGUUGGUCAACGACACAAAGCAUAAGGAUUAUGGCUCCUUGCCUUCUUCCUCCUCUGUCUGAUAUAAUAUCUAUUCGUGUAGCAUCGGAACGUUACUACCCCGCAGCGCUAGACACCCAGAACGAGCGCCACGCCGCAGCAUUAUCAAAGCUGCUUAUCUACGUUAAGCGCCGCCCAGGCUAUUUGAGUUACAUGCGUGACCCUUAUGCAUUGCGUGAACGCUUGCGCGAGGAAGAAGCAUUCAGAGACAAGGAAUAUGGACAUGGCUCCGUACGGGUCCUAGCACCAUGGGCUCGUCCUCUGCAAUCCUGUCCUGAAACAGGUUUGGAAACGAGUGAUAUUCUUGCAUCGUACACUGACGAUCCGAUCCUUCUCACAUUUGCAAGACAGUUCUGUGAUCACUUCGAUCCACAUACCGGUGGUGAGAUGAAACAAGCUCAAAUAUGGGGCGGUGGAGCAUAUGGCGGUCCACUAGGUGGUGCACCUUCUCACAUACAGCGAUGGUGUGCUCGAAUCUUGCAUGAGUGUGUAGCCUAUGACAAGCCGAUGGUGUUACUUCUGUACAUGCAGCUUCACCAUGCCGCACUUACCAUUCAUUGGGCCAAGCACUCUCAUCACGCAUGGUCACUUCGAAUGACUCUCGAGUUCUACUCUCGGGCUAGCCAUCAUCUUGAUUUGACGUUGCUUCGACGUGACUUUCUCGAAGCGCUUCGAGUACACGCUGAUGCAGUUGUGUGCUCCGUAUCCGAGGAAGAUGUGCCUUAUAUCGAUGUAUUAAAAUCAGCGUUGGUUGUCUUAGAUGGAUGAAUGACGUUGUAAUAAUGCUUGGCCGAUGUAAAACAACAUAAAGAAUUCUCAGAUUUUGGCUGCUGGCGUAGUGUCUUAGGGACGUUUUGGAUUCCCUGCCGUUCGACACGGAGCUCCCCCCUGCGUCGGCUUCUGCCGCCAGCCGUGGCCGGCGGCCGCUGGGCUUACUGGAGGUUACUGCAAGCUCCCAGUUCCAGUAUCUGGCUAGAGAGGCAGAGAGGAGCUUAUCCACUGAGCGGCUCGCUGGCAGGGCCGUGCCCAGGCCGCGCCUGGGCUCCCCUCUGGACACGAGAAACCCAACGAAGCUGAGUUUUCGACUUUGUCCCCCUCUUAGUCGCCCUUAAGCGCCCCGCGCCUGGCGCCGUCUCCGUCGGUGGAGCCCGUAGGGUCUGUGGGGCGGGUGUGUAUAUAGAAUUCAGGGUCUG